AUGAUAGCCGAUAUCCUUUCCCUCUCGCCCGCCACGCUCAUCGUCCUUUCAACCGGCGUAACCCUCCUCUAUUUUCUUCUCACGCCUCUCUUCUCGCCACAACGGUCUAUCCCCGGACCAUUCCUAGCACGCUUUACUCGUCUUUGGUAUUUCUACCAGAUAUAUAAAGGAGAUUUCGAGAGGCUGAAUAUAAAGCUGCAUGAGGAGUAUGGACCAAUUGUGAGGAUUGCGCCAGGAGAGUACUCGAUUAAUGAUGUGGAGGGGGCGAGGGUCAUUUAUGGGUUGGGGAAGGGGUUUGUGAAGAGUUCCUGGUACUGGGCAUGGAUGCCACCAGACCCCACCAAAGCAUCUCUAUUCUCCGACCUGGAUCCCCAUCGACACUCCCUCCAACGGCGAAAGUUCUCCUCCCUAUACUCCAUGUCCGCACUUCUCGGCUACGAGCCCUUCGUCAACAACUGCACCUCCCUCCUCACACAACGAUUUUCAGAACUCUCCUCCUCCAAAACACCCACCACCAUCGACCUCCAGCACUGGCUGCAAUGUUACGCAUUCGAUGUCAUUGGCGAAAUCACCUUCGCCAACCGCUUUGGCUUCCUAGAUUGUGGUGAAGAUAAAGAGGGUGUCUUUCAAGCCAUAGAUACCAGAGGCGUGUACUCGACAUUCGUCGGUGUAUUCCCCUGGAUCCACAGAUUCUUGUACCCGCUCCUCCCAAAAACAGGUGGACACGGCUACGUAUUCAACUACACUCUCCGUCAAAUCGACGAACGACAAAGCUUGCUCAAGGACCCUCGAAAUGCAGGCCGUGAAGGACCCCCCGACAUCAUGACGAAGAUCCUCCUUGCGCACGAAGAAACCCCCGAAAAGAUGACCAAGAUGGACCUUAUCACAAUGUGUCAAUCUAACAUCGGUGCAGGGAGCGAUACCACGGCUAUCACGCUGUCGAGUAUCUUCUACCAUCUCUUGAAAUAUCCUGCUACGUACAAGAAAUUGCAGGAUGAGAUCGAUACUGCGGCGAAAGAAGGCAGGAUCUCGGAUCCGGUGACGUUCAAGGAGGCGCAGAAUGAGUUGCCGUAUUUACAGGCUGUUAUGAAAGAGGCGCUUAGAAUCCAUCCUGCUACAGGAUUACCGAUGCAGAGGGUUGUUCCUGCGGAGGGGACUACGAUCGCGGGGGUUUUCAUUCCUGGUGGGUCAUCUGUUGGUAUCAAUUCUUGGGUUGCACAUCGCAACCAGAGUGUUUUCGGACGAGAUGCUGAAGAGUGGAGGCCGGAGCGGUGGUUGGAGUUUGAAGAGCAGGGAAGAGGUGGAGAGGUUGAGAGGUAUAUGUUGGCUUUUGGGAUGGGGAGUCGCACGUGCAUUGGGAAGAAUAUUAGUUUAUUGGAGAUGAGUAAAUUGGUUCCGCAGUUGGUGAGGAGGUUUGAUUUUGUGCUGGAGAAUGAGUGUAGGGAUGAUUUGAAGUGUUUGAACAGGUGGUUUGUGAAGCAGCAGAACUUCAGGGGAAGGGUUGUUGCGAGGAAGGCUGUGGCGGCAUGA